GCUUGGCGUCUAUGAUCAGUCAUUAAAUUCAAGAUGAUCUGUAGUAGCCAGACCAUGUGACACUAUUAAUCUCUAGGCAGAUAGUAUUCUAAUUACAUAGGCGACACAUCGUAUAUAUCACAUUACGUACCCCAAUCUCACGCAUCACGUUGCAUACUGCAACCUUACAUAUCAUGCUACAUGCUGUAAUCUCACCCACCAUGCAGCAUCAAUUCAAUUAGGAAACCUAGUACGGCAAUCGCCGAUGGUGGCCCCAGUCUUGUUGCGGCCUAGUAGGUCAGCAAACGUCAGCCGCAAUCCAGUUGUGAGCCUACGCCCGUCUUUCAUCUACAGAUCACAGACUUCGCAUUACCGCUCGAAUCCGAUAUCCCUGCUGUCGUUAUGUCGAGAAUCGACGCGGUCUCGUUUCCUACUCUCGAUGGCCUGACUCUACGGGGUAACCUCUACCCGGCGAGUCAGCGGGGCCCAGGAAUCAUCCUGCUUCCUGGCUUCAGCUUCGUAAAAGAAAUUAUGCUGCCGAAGGUUGCGGAGAGUUUCCAGGGAUCCGGCAUCACCGUGUUGACAUAUGAUCCGCGAACUCUAGGGGAGAGUGAUGGUAGCCCACGGCGUGACAUCGAUCCCGCGAAGCAUGUAUCAGAUCUUCAUGACGCCUUGACAUUCUUGCAGAAGCACCCAAUGGUAGACCCUGAUAAGAUCGCAUACUGGGGCUUCUCUUUCAACGGUGUCGUGGCGCUGAAUGCAGCAGCACUGGACCGGAGGGCAAAAUGCGUGAUUGCGGUAUCGCCAUUAACAGAUCUCUCAUAUCCUCCCGAACAUCUGCGCGUCUUACUUCGUGAUGCGAUGGAAGAUCGCGAGGCGCAAUUAACAGGGGCUGAUCCCGUGUAUGUCCCAGUUAUCCAGAAAGACGGCAAUUGUUCGUAUGGCUGGGGCCCAGGAACCACUGUGAGCGAGUACCAAGUUGCGGAGAAAUCGGCGUCGCUCUUCCCAACGUAUAAGAACGAAAUGACAGUCCAGAGCCACUAUCGUAUAUCGACGUGGCGACCAUACGACCUAAUUCCGCAAGUGGCUCCUACGCCCGUGAUGAUAGUCACGCCACUGAAGGAUAGAAUGUCGCUGCCGACAAGGCAAAAGGCGUUGUUCGAAAAGCUAAGUAUGCCAAAAGAGCAUCUACUGGUACCUAACAAGGGCCAUAUGGAUAUUUUCACGGGGAAGAGUUUUGGGACCAUCAUGACUCAACAAGUCAAGUUCCUAAGGAACCAUCUCGAGCAACAGUCUAGCCCCAAAGCCACUUUAUAACAUAGAAAUAACUUAGCGAUAGCUUUUAAUUAUUUGAAGCUGGCAAGCUGGCAGGCCCUCGACGACGAUACUAAUGAUAUGCUACAAGGUUGACUGUAGCUGAUGAGCAAUACGGCUCCAUGGUAGGGAUGAUGG